AAAACAUUCAUCAGUGUUGCUCGAGACACAGACGAGGGUAACCUACUCGUCCUGACUUCCAACAUUAUUGAUAUUUGUUAACGGCGCCGCAACAUUUGAAUUCACAGUCUUUAUUUGUAUCAGCCCUUUCCAAACCCGCACAAAGUAACAAUGUCGGCGAUUUACCGAGCAGUGAUCCGUACGGCGGAUAAACUCGUUCCUCCCAAAAUGCAGCCGAUGUGGAACCAUCCCGCAGGUCCAAAGACAGUUUUCUUCUGGGCUCCUUGCUUCAAGUGGGGUCUUGUCAUUGCUGGCCUUGGAGAUCUGACAAGACCAGCUGAAAAGCUGUCAGCUUCACAAUCCUCUGCUCUAGCAGCUACAGGGAUUAUCUGGUCAAGGUAUUCCUUGGUGAUUAUCCCUAAGAACUGGAACCUGUUUAGCGUUAAUAUGUUUGUCGCUGCUACCGGUCUGUACCAACUCUUCCGUAUAUACAACUAUCGAAGGAGUAAAGCAGCAGAAGCUGGUACUGCUUGAGCUCACUGUGGAAAUUAUUUUCCUGUAUAUCCCAUUGCUCACACAGACACUGUGUACUACUAAUCAUUAAAGAAACCAUUAAACAAUUGGUGCUUAGAAUAGUAAGCUGAAUACACUUUUGGACUAGACACUGUAUAUGGGAAUUCAAUGGCAAAACAGCACUAACUAUGUUGUGUAUAUCUGUGUGUAUAUAUAUAUAUUUGCAUCUGUAUAUGUACAGCAAACAUUAAUUUGUUUAUAUGAAAUUUUAGAUACAGAAUAAAUAUGAAAAAUAUUAACAGGCAGUUGUAUUAUUCCUGUGCAUCCACUGUUCUAUAAUGAACCUUGAUUAAUUGUGUGGAUAAAUUAUUUUUGAAGUACAACACUGAAACAUUCUUUUCCCUUGUAGAUAGAAGAUUCUUACAGGUAGAGAUUAAACUAAAAUCAGUGAAGCUGUGUAUAAUGGGUGUGACUAAAGACACCUUCAUGUACAGAACUAUUUUGGUUUUGUAAUCGCAUCUAAAUAUACACUACACAAACUUAAAUUUCACAUGCAUAUUUAACAUAUCAUUUGUUAUUGAUAUAGAUGCCAUAUAAUUCUUGAUAAUUGACAUCACUAAGUGAACAAAUUUGACCUUUUUCCUUUUCUUUUCAAUAUGUGUGAGUAUGAGGAAUAGUAAUAGUAAAUAGUAAUACAUUGUUAAAAAAUACUACAAUGAUGUAUCUGUGAAGAGAAAGGGAUGAAAAGGACCUCCACAACAUGAAAAUAAAGAGAAAAAUAGAGAAGUACAUGAUGAAUGUAAAGAAAUGUAAGUUGAAAUAAUUUAUUAAUUUCCAUGUUCUCUUUUGAGGAGAAUUGAACUAAUAUCCACAUAUUUAAAAAAAAAAGCAAAUUAUAUAUUAACCCCAUGUCACCAGAAAAAUGUGUUCCCUGUAGUACUGUUUUGUGAAAGGUUUAUACAUAAAUGGCUUCACAAGCACUUGGCAACAAAAGAGUCAGCAAGUAGACCUUGUGGCCUCACCUGAUUCACCUUUGAAUUUGUGGAUUUUUUUUUCCCCCCCCUUUUGUUUUAAUACUAAUGCUAUCAAUAUCGAUGCUGUUAUCAUUAUUGUAGACAUUGUAAUUAUCAGAAUGUUAUUGACACUACCAACAAUUUAAAAUACAAGAAUAUAUUUACAAAAAUCAAGGAAAGGGGUAAAUAGGUGAGAUAGGUUGUACCUGUAGUUGGCUCAUUGGUGACUUAGUACUUGAGAAGCCAUAUAUGUGUAGACAAUAAAUAAACAAAAUUCACAGUGGGCAUGCAUUAGGUUAAUGGACUGUGGAUCUUUUCAUGUUAUUUCUACAGUAGACAAAGAACUGCCGAAAGAGAUUUUAUUAUGUAUGUAUAUAAUAUGUGUUGGAAGUUGCUGUAAAGAUUGUAUAUAAUGGUCUAAAACCAUUUGACUUCUGCUAUAUUUGUUACUAAGAAAUAGACACACUGCUUUCUGUAUUUAGAUUUUUAUUACUAAUAAAUAUGACAUAAAUA